AUGAUCCCGCCGGGCCGGUGGGCGGGCCUGCCCCGGAGGCUGCGGGCGGGCCCGGCCCCCCGGCCGCGGCCCCGGCCCCUGAGGGUGCUGCUCGACAUGGACGGCGUCCUGGCCGACUUCGAGGGGGGCUUCCUCAAGCAGUUCCGGGCCCGUUACCCCGGCAACCCCUACGUGGCCCUGGAGGACCGCAGAGGCUUCUGGGUGUCGGAGCAGUACGGACGCCUCAGGCCCGACCUUGGCGAGAAAGCCAUCAGCAUUUGGGAAUCAAAGAAUUUCUUCAUGGACCUCGACCCGCUUCCAGGGGCCGUGGAAGCCGUGAAGGAAAUGGCCAACUUGGAAAACACAGAUGUGUUCAUCUGCACAAGCCCCAUCAGAAAGUAUCAGUACUGCCCGUACGAGAAGUAUGCCUGGGUGGAGAAGCACUUUGGCCCUGAAUUUCUGGAGCAGAUCGUGCUAACCCAGGACAAGACCGUGAUCUCUGCUGACCUACUCAUAGACGAUCGGCCCGAUAUAACAGGGGCCGAGCCGAACCCCGUCUGGGAGCACAUCCUCUUCACCGCCUGCCACAACAAGCACCUGCAGCCGCAGCCCCCGGUCCGCAGGCUCCGCUCGUGGACGGACGACUGGAAGGCCAUCCUGGACAGCAAGCGGACCUCGCGGGGCUGGGCCCUCCCUCAUUCUCUCUAACCGGGCAGCAGCCGGCGGCCCCGGGGCCCGGACGGAGGAUGCGGGGAGCCCGGACGGAGGAGUUCUGCCUCUCCCGGGGCUUAGGAGGAAAAGGAAGCCGUACUCAGUAAGUAGCCGGCUCCUCCUUCCUGUUUGCUCCUUGGAUCAGUCCUCUUCGGGCACGUCGUCUACACAUCGGAACUUAACGCAACCACUGGAUCCGACCCCUAGCCUGGCCCAGGAGUCCGGCUCCUACGGCGGCGGCAACGGGGUGCCCGGAGGGACCUCGGGCGGCGGGCCUUCCUUAACAACCGUCCGGUGGUUGGGGUCGAACCACCUAGCAACUUUAAUCACGCCCGUCCUGUACCAAGUAUGGACCAUUCAUCUGCACGUUGAUAGCAACCCCUCGUGAACCCGUUGUCCCACUGAAACGUCCAGUUUGUGCCCCACUCUCUCGCUUCUCCACUGGGCAUGGUCCACAACGGCCCGUCGAGGGAGCGGGGGCUCAGGGCAGUCUCACCCUCUACCCCCUGGGGCACGGUUUGCUCACAGGGUGGGUGUUGGGAAAUGUCAACGCUGGCCGCCUCUCGGACCGAAAAAGAUAGAAAGCAGCUGCCGACCCUUUCUGAGGACUCCCGUUUCCUCACUCUGCUUGAGACUUUGGUACGUUUUGGGGCUGGAGAUCAGUCACAAGUUCAGGGGACUUUGGGGACCCCCCCCCACCCCGGCGUGGUGAUACUUCCCCAGAUCAGGGGUGCUAGGGCAGCAAGCCGUGUCCCCACCUCGGGGUUUCUCCGGCCUUAGUACCCCAAGAAUUCCCUCCGUUCCCUUCCGUCCCUCCACCGUGGCAACCAAGAGUUGGAAAGGUGGAGGUGGCAAGGGGCUCCCUGGCAUAGGAGGGUUACAAAGGGCCUCAAGCUGGCCCAGCGGGGGCUAAACCACUCAAGUCCCUAUAAGCUAAGGGGCUACCCGUCCAUCCAGGUUCAUCAUUCCCUCCCUCAUUCCCUCUUCUCUCCCUUCUCCCUCUUUCUCUUCCCUCAAGCCCAGAGUCACCACCGUGGCACCACUACCAGCUCGGGUGCCCCCCGGGAGCACGGUGGUAACCGGUUGCGAGGCUCUCCCGACCUGGGCCCGCCGGUUUCCCGAGGGUGGUCUGGUGUGGCUCCCGGGGAGCCUGCAGGCCCAGCCCAGGACUCAUCAAAGCAUCCAGUGAGGGUUCAGUUGUCCGCCUGCCCCUCUGCUCCCCGCACCAGAGCAUCCCACCAUCCUGGAGUUCUCCUCAACAGUAUUUACCCAGCACCUGCUUCGUAUUAGUCGGGCGCUGGGGCUCCGGGAAGCCUUCCUUGAGGACGGCUAAGCUCCCGGCUCCCUCUUUUCCUGUACCGAAUGAGCCCCUUUUGGAAUAUGCUUGAAUCCCACGCUCCAGAGGGAGGCAGCUCGCUUGCUCGCUCGGUCCCAGUCCUCGGAUAGGUGAAUUCUGGGGCCUGACUCCCUCUCCAGGUCAAGUGGCCUGACCUUUGCCCUCACGCCCUGGAGCCCUGGCCUGAGGACAAAACUCCUUUCCUUGCCCAGCUGCUUCUCCGCAAGUGCCUCCAGCUCUCCCAGUUCCCCCCGGCCCCCUUCCCUCCCACCGGGCAACCCCUUCUGUUAUCCCUUCUCAGAAUCCUGUUCAGAGCCCCGGGGCCGGCUCCGGCCUCCAAAAGCCAGGAAGCCGCCACUCCUUACUCAACCAAAGUUUGGGAAAACUCCUGCCGCCCUGAGGGAUCCCCAGAGGCUCUUGUGAAAGGAAGGAUCAGUUGUGGUAUCGCCCCUACCCUGUGGCUGCUGAAUGGAUCGUUACUUGAAGAAGAACCAAGCCGUUCCUCUCGCUAAAACUUCUCCUCUGAGAUUGGGAAGAGCGAAGUUGGUUUCCUCUCCCCUUUUCUCCCCUCCUCCCUACCUGAGGGUUCUGCUCUCCAAAGCCCUUCUGCUGGCCACAGAAGAGGAUACCUUUCUAAAAACCUUUGUCCCCAGAGCGGGCCAGGAUGCCACCCCCUUUGGGGUCUUCCCAUCCCACUUGCCCCCUCCUUCCAGGGAAAGGACAGGCGGGGAAAAAAGCAAGGGAAACCUUUGGGUUGUAACACUGUGUUUGAGAAAGGACUCUGGAGGUGGAAGAACCCACGUCCUGGGUGGGGUGAACUGUCAGCGGGGACUGACUCCUUUUUGGGCCUCGGGCGGUCUCGGGACCAAAUCAUUCGGGUCCCGGGCUUCAUUCUGGAUAUCACCCACCUCGGGCAAAACAGCGGAGGCCCGAGAAAAGCUGAUGGGGCUUCAGAGCCGUCUGCAGGGAGGUUUGUACUCCAGGACCGGGUGAGCACAAUUGGGCCGCCCCAGAAGGUAAUCAGACGGUUUCCCUGCGGCCUGUGGGGUGGCCCUUGCUUUCCCAAAUGGAGGAGACGAACCCCCCCCUUCCCCUAAUCUCAUCCUUCCCGGUAACAUCACUCAGUCCUGAGCGUGAAAACAUCUUCCGGAAGACCCUCCCUCAAUCACCUGGCCUCAGUGGCCUGCUUGGACCCGCUGCUGGGUUGGACUCCUCGAAACACAUCUAUCGGACAUUGUCCUUGGAGGACCCCGGGAGCAUUAAUGAAGCCAGGAUCCUGAAUUUAUCCGUCUCCUAGACGCUAAUGAAUUUAUCCGUCUCCUCCGCUAGACUCUAAGCCGUCUGACGGCAGCGAUCGUGUGUUUUAAUUCUUUUGUACUCUCUCAGGCAGUAGUGCAAUGCUCUGUACACAGUAGGUGCUCAAUAAACACUGUUGAUGAUCAUGAUGACCC